GACGAAAAAACUCAGCCGCAUGAACGUCUUAUUGCUAAAUUGAGUGGAGUGGGCGUUAAGAAGUUAACUUGUAAUGAUCCACUAACAAAUAAUGUAAUUGACUUAGGCGCAAAUUAUCUUCAAACCCCAGAUAAUGAUUACAAUGUACUUGCUGGUGAAAGAGCUGGGAUACGAAAGUUGAAAAAGGAUCCACUUAUAAAACACACAUGUGCCGAAUUUGUUAAGAAAAGAGAUGAAGCAAAUAACUCUUAUAAACUUGUACUUUCGCAAUCUGAAAAGGUGGUACAUGAUAGGUGGAUUGAGGAGAAUUAUGGUCGAGAACGUAUAGCCAGGAAUGUUACUGAUGUCCUUUUACAAGAGAUGAAGUCGAAUGCACUUCAUAAA